CCCCGGCGGGCGGCGGCGGCGCGAUGCGGGCGCUGUGGGCGCUGCUGGCCGCGCUGCGGGCCGGGUGGUGCCUGCUGCCGCAGGCCGGCUACCUGCACCCCGACGAGUUCUUCCAGUCGCCCGAGGUGAUGGCAGGAGAUAUUUUAAACCUGCAGGUCUAUUAUCCUUGGGAGUUCCUUUCCAGCUCUCCUUGCAGAACUGUUGUUUUCCCAUUAAUGACAUCAGGAGUCACCUACUGGGUGAUCAAGUCUUUGCAGCAGCUGGACAUGUGUUCAAGUUGCAUCAACAGCUACACCCUUCUUGUAUCACCUCGCCUUCUCUUUACAAUCUUUUCUUUCAUACUCGACUACAGUGUUUAUCGAUUAGCCCCUUUCUGGGAAGCGGAUCCGUGGAAAGCACUGGUACUUCUUGCCGGAUCGUAUGUCACUCUGGUAUUUUAUACAAGAACGUUUACCAACACGCUUGAAGGACUUCUCUUUGCUCUUCUGAUGGUACUGGUUUCCUCAAGGAAGUCUGAUGGCAGCUUAGCAGAGCCUACAAGCAGCCCUCUCAUAGGUAUUAUAACAACUGCUGGGUUUUUCAACAGGCCAACCUUUUUGGCGUUUGCUCUGAUGCCCCUGCUCUACUGGGCAGGUUUAAUUGUUGACUCUCAAAAGAGCAUUAAAACCGUCAUAAACUACUUUUUGAAGCUUGUUCUAUGUGCAUGUUUUACUGCCAUUGUUUUUGUAACAGCCGACACCUUCUAUUUUACCUCCGUGGGCUUAGACAACCUCUACAGCAUUAAAAAGAGCAGCCUAUUUGAUGUGAUAGGUCAAUUAAAUGAGAAAAUGAUAGUAACCCCUUUCAAUUUUCUCAGCUAUAAUCUUAAUCCUCGUAACCUUGCACUGCAUGGAAGUCACCCACGAGUUACACAUUUUACAGUCAACGGAAUAAUGCUCUUUGGGAUCUUACAUAUUCUCGCCAUCGGUGCUGGUUUUAAAAUGUUAAAGAAAUAUAUCCAUCAAUUAAUAUGGGUCAAAUCAUAUUACCAUGGAUCGUCUGGGCUAUUAGUGCAUUCCGAGGGCAAUCCAACAUUACUGCUGUUUUAUUUUGUUCCUUUGGCAUUUCUCUCUCUGUUCAGUCACCAAGAACCUCGGUUUCUCAUUCCUCUCAUCUUGCCAUUAGUCCUGUUCAGCACGUCACAGAAUAGAGCUGUGAAGUGGAAGCACGUCAUUAUUAUUUUCAACAUUCUCGGGGCUUUGCUCUUUGGGUGCUUACACCAGGGAGGACUGAUACCAUGUUUGUUGCACUUGGAGCAACUCAUGCACUCGCCGGAGUCCUCAAACCAGCCAAGCCACUAUACUCUACUCUUUGCUCACACCUACAUGCCUCCUAGGUCUCUGCUUAAUAUUAAGAAGACAGACACGCACGUAGAAAUCAUUGAUAUGGCUGGGUCUGAAGAAGAAACCCUCUGCCAAACAGUAGAGCAGCAAGCAAACAAUUUUACCUGCAAUGACUGUCAUGUUUUUGUUAUAAUCCCUGGUACAGUCAGAGCCACGAUUACAAAAUGUGGUGUCUUGUUCAAGAAUGAGACCUUGAUAUUUCCACACUUAUCAAUGGAAGACCCACCACAAAUACCCUUCCUGUUCAGUGGAAAGUGGAGAAGUCAGUUAGGACUGUACAUCCUUCAGCUAGACAAACAUCAGCAGAGCCUUUAGAUUUUAGGGGAACAAUGCUUUCUAGUUUCUCACUUCACUUGCGUGCUGCCCAAAAGUGCUGCGAGACCUUCCUCUUCACACACCCACUUUCAGCACAAGCAGUGGCACCAGAGCUCCCCCGAGUCUCUUUAUUCCCUUUCUUCAUACGCUCACCAGUAUAGCCAGUUCUAGAUAGAACCUGCUUAAAAUUUGAGUUAUUCAGCCCCUGUGGUGCUUCAUAUGAACUUGUGUAAUUUUCCUGACGAGAGAGGAUGAAAUCAAAGCCCACCAAAUCUGUGAUUCAAGCUUAGCUCUUUAUGUGUGAGAUUUAUUUUUGAAAGUUCUUAUAAUCUUUGACAGAGGGUUUGUGGAUUGUGUGGGUUUUUUACUGGUAAUAGGCGUUAACUCAGCUGCUGGAGAGAGGUUACAGUACUAGACAAAAGCCGGUCUUAAUCAGUAAGAUUCUGGUUUUAUGCUCUUAAAAAUUCAGAGCGUCCUCUCAGUCAUUAGACCAGAUUGCAGUCACAGUAUAGGCACCAGCACUGUGAUCCUGCCUGAUCUCUUGGGUGGGUCUGUCUGGAAGAAUCCCAUGUUGAUGUGGCAGAAUCUGAUUUGGAACGUGGAAGAUGCAUCAGCAUAAGUACUUGUGCUAAAUCCUAAUAUCCAAGCUUUAUUUUGCCUGUGUAGUCUUUCUUGCCACAGCUCCAUUCCUGCGGACACACUGUAUGCGUAUUACAUAGGGCAGGAAUGCUGCACUGUGGAUGGCGUUGAGCCCGUCUGUUGUUUAGCUGUGCAAGCAGGGCACUCCUGCCCUGCUGCGCUCCCGCUGCCCAUCUCGCAGCUUUCAUCGCUCCGUCACGGCGCCGCAGCCAGCAGUGGUGCCGGCCAGGCCCUGCGGCGAGCCGGGCCAAGGAGCCGCGCAGACAGAAAGCAGGCGACCCGCGGGGAUUUAUUUGGUCCUUUAUGCAUUUGAGCAGAUGGGUCUGGGAACCAGCUGGCCGCAGGGUUAGGGAUCCACCGGUUCUGCUGCAGGGGAGGGUGUGAGGAGCCGUAUCCCCUGCGCCGCCCCCCGCCUUUCAGCAACGGCUCCCCAUUAAAUCAGCUUAGUGAGGUGGACAGAUCACAUCCUUGCUCUUUGUCAGAGUAGAGUCUGAUUUUAAAGUGGGAUACAAAAAUGUAAAAAAAAAUGUAUAUGCUUAAUAGUAUAGCACAAGUAACAGUUUUUGAUUUUGCCUGUGUGAACAUCUGGAUACAAAACAUCCAGAUACUAAUUUGGCACGUGCAUUGUAGGUCAACUCUCUCUCUGAAAUGAAUCUGACCCUUGAAUUCUUUCUGCUCACAAAGGCAAUAAUGCUUUUCACAGUUCUUUAUCCACACAACUUUACAUCAGGUCUUAUGAGCCAGUUUUUCUACUCUAACAACUCUAGGUUGAUGCCAGGCUCUAAAGGGAAGCUAGGAAAAAACCCAUGUGAAGGAUUUGCCUGUAUCUUCCAAACUAUAUGUAUGAUCUAGAGUUUUAAGGAACAUAGCUCUUGCUCUCUUGUAAAGCAUUUUGUGUUGUCUCCCUUAUACAUUCAUCUCCCAUCCUUCAUUACUGACAGGCCUAUUAAUUCAAGGGGCAUGUUUUAGGGGGGAGGUAAUGGGAGAGGGGUAUAUGUGUAUGUUUGUGGUAGUGACUCCUGAAGUAGUUACAAAAGCAUCAUCACACCAAAUGCAUUUUCCCAGUUAAUUUCCUUUUUGCUGUCUUACAUUGGGAGAAUAGCCGUGUGCACCGCUGGUACUCUGUCCUGCUUACUGUUUUCAUCUUUCUUAAAAAGAUUAAGUUUUGAAAAUUAUAUUAAUAAACUUAUGAUCUCUAACAA